AUGGGAAGCAAGAAGCAGAAGCAAAAGCAAAAGCAAAAGCAGAAGGAGGGAGGGUCGUCCUCGGGACGGCCCCCGUUCCUUAGGCGGCGAAAGACCUCUGACGACUCGGCCGUCGCCUGUAGUAGUGGCAUCGGUUUCGCGUCGAGGGGAAGUGGGCUGAGCGGCUCGUCGUCGUUCUCGCAGGGUGGCGCAGCGGGAGAGGACGGCAGCGGCAGCGGCAGCGGCGGCGGGCUCUGGGCCGCGACGUCGUCCUCGUCCGUGCUGUCGGUCACCUCUGCCGGCGGCGGCGAUGGUGAUCUAAGGCGCGCCCGGCGCAGCAAGCACGGCAGCAGCUCCGGUACCGCGGGACAGCUCGCGACGACGACGGCAGCGAAGGAUCAGCAGCGCGGCCCGCGGGCCAAGCCCGGCCUCGAGGUCAGCUUCUCCGCGGGGGUCACCGUGAACCUCGUGCGCCGCAACGCGCGGGGGGAGGUGGGGCCGGGGCACCUGGGGCUGUGGCUGCAGCGGUGCCGCGUCUCGGCCACGGGUCUCCACGCCGGAGGCGUGCGCGAGCCCUCCGACGGAUGGGGCUCACCCCCGCCGCAGCACCGCGGCUGGCUGUCCGUCUCGUCGCUCACCGUCGGCACGCCGCCUUCUCCUUUGACCCCGUCUGGGGUCGUCGGCAGCAGGUUUGCCGAGACGGUAGCAGCCGGCGGCGGCGGCGGCGGGAAAGGUUCGACUUCUACGGCCGCCGCCGCUGCUGCUCGUGGCAGCGGUAGUAGGGCGACCAACAACAUGGGUGGUACCGGUCACCAGUUUUUCCGUCCCGCCUCCGCUGCCGCUCCCGCCAUCGCUGAGAACGGCAAGAGCGGCCAGCAGCACUACCGGCCGUGGCUUGUCUGCCGUCCGGCGGCAGUUGCGGCAGCACCGGCGGCGCCAGGCCGCUCCGGGGGGAGCAAGGUCAGCGGUGGCGGUAGCCGUGCCUCUCAUCGCCUGGGGAACGAUCCGCUCGGGGGAAAGUAUGACAACUUUUUGGAGGUGAAGGUGGCCGGUCGAGCGGGGAGCGCGGCGGGCACCGGUAGCUGCGCGUCGCUGUUGAUGCGCAUGGGGGAGGUGGAGGGCUGGGCUCUCGGGGGAGCGGCAACGAGAUGGGUCGAGCGGCUGGGGCCUCAGCCCGGCGUGCUUCCCGAGUCCAAGAAGACGGACACUGGAGGCGGCGGCGGUGGUGGACGCGGUGGCGCAAGGGGUAGUUCGUCAUCGUGGAGGAGCAGCUCUUCGUUGCCGCGGGAGUCGUUCCUCCGACAAGCCCUCUUCAACGGUGGGUGCAACGAUGUCAUCGUGCUCCCGGGAGGCGGCGGCGGCGGCGGCGGCGGCGGCGGAGCGGCGGGGGCAAGCGCGCAUCAUCAUCAUGGGACGGUGACCGAGGCGUGGCCGCAGUGCUCCGUCGAGCUAAGCGGGCUGACGGUCCACCUUCCCGUGGACCGCAACAACCCGUUCGGCCGGUCCCUUCGCGUCGCCGUCGGCGGGCUUACGGUCCGCGACCUUAUCUCCGCCGCCGUCGCCUCUCCUGCAUCCUCUUCUCCGAGAAAGCUGGGUGUUGACGCAGCCGUGGGUACGGUUAGCGCGGCUUGGGCCCGCGACAUCCCCCAGGCGGCGGCGGCGGCGGCGGCGGUCGCCGCAGCGGCGGCAGAAGCACAGGCGGGGGCGGGAGGGGUUAGGCCCGCCGCCGCCGCCGCCGCCGCCGCGGGGGGAAGCGGUCGGUCGCGUCUGCUGCCGCUCCGUCGGGGAGCGUCCGAUGGUGGGCGUCGUGCGGCGGAGGAGGCGUGGGCGGCGGCGGCGGCGGGGGCAUCGCCGGAGGUUUACUCUGUGGACGGAGAGGACCCCGUGGUGCUCGACGUGCGCACAGCCAUCGCGGUGAAGGUCCGCUUUGUCGACGAAGGAGGUUCUUCAACAAGCACGCCGGCGGCGGCGGCGGCGGCGUGUGCUGGCGAAGCGGAUGGGAGGAGAUCGGGCGGCGGGGCAAGCGGCGGCGGCGGCAACACGAGGAGAAACGAGUCCGUUUUCGCGGCGACUGGAAGUGGAAGAGGAACGGCUGACGACGACCUCGGCGUGGCGGAGUUGCCCCCGGUCGUGAUUCGGGAGACAGUAAGCGUGGACGUCAAGGUCCCCACAGUUCCGAUCACAGUCACAACCACAGCCCUCACGGAGGUGGCCUGGAUCCUGGGGGGCUUCGUGGUCGGCGACGGCGAGGAAGACGCCGGUAUCGAUGCCGCCGAAUUCGCAACCGCCACCACCUCGGCAACCCCAGCGGCAGCAGCAUUCGCCGCAGCUUCUGCAGCAGCUCGACCCGGCAGCAGAAGCAGCAGCAGCAGCAGCGGCAGUAGCAACACCGCCGCCAGCGGUGAUAGUAGCGGGGGGCACGCUGUUGGCGGCGGCGGCAACGGCAGGAGGAGGUCCGGGAGUGUGCCCGGGCGAUGCAGCGGCAGCGGCUCUUGCUCGCCCAGCCCUCUCAUGCCGGUCAAGGUCAUCUACCGCAGACCUUCGAAGGUGCGCCGACUUCUUCUUCGCGUCCGAGUGUCAUCCCUGACCCUCCGCCUCGCGGACGCGGCCCGCCUCAAGAAGGUCGGGACGGGUGCCGAGGUUCUGGGCAGCACGAUGCCGUGGGGACUCGACCCGCCGCGGGGCCACCCCAUCCUGGAGCUUCGCCUCGACGGUGCCGUGCUCGCGAUGGUCGUGCGAGAGGCGAGCGGCCGGAGGGGGGCCGGCGGUGAUGUAGGCAGGAAGGGGACUGGAGGACGGCAGCAGCAGCAGCAGCAGCAGCAGCAGCAGCAGCAGCAGCAUCGCAGGAAGAACAGCCUCGGGUCUGCCGGGGCAAGGGCGCGUGCCGCGAGCGGGGCAUCGACGACCUCGCUGCCGAGACUGCCGUCAUCGGGGAGGCGUUUCGAGAGAGGAGGGGAUGCGAGAGCGGCCCCCUCCCCAGCUUUUUUGGGGGCCGGCGGAGGGGGAAGGGCCCAGGGGAGGAUGACCGAGGGGGCCAUCACGCUGACGGUGGCGUCGAUCCGGGCGGAGGGCUCGGACGCGGGCGUCGACAAGGCCAGGGGCGUCAUGCUGCCGAUCCUGGCCGUCUCGCCCGGCAGGCCGCCCGCCCGACGCGGCAGCAAGGGCAGCGACGACGGCCACCGCUGUGCCGGAGGAGGUGGCGAAGGCGAGGCACGCGCGAACACGGCGGACGACAGCUUCGCCGCCGACAUCGGAGAAGCGUCUUCUUCGGUUGCUGGCGGAGGAGGCGGAGGCCCCUCGUCUCCACAGCCGAUUCCGCGGGCCCCCCCGCAGCAGCAGCAGCAGCAGCAGCAGCAGCGUUCGGCGUCACCCGCCGGGGGGCUGGAGAUCUCGGCCAAGUGGACCCUGGAGCCCCUGCACGGUGGAGGAGGAGGAAGAGGAGGCGGGAACCACGCCCCUGCCCGGCGGCGAAGCCGCCGCGGCAGUUUCGGUGCGACCAGCAACAGCAACAGCGGUAUGUGCGGUCAGCAUCGUGUUUUGCGUGCUUCCCCCGUAGCGGGCGGCUUCACGCCCGUCGGAAAAGUGUUUAAUGUGGAGUGGGCCACCGUCGGUGCAAAGGAUCUGUCGCGAGGCCUCUCCCGGCGCGAGCGUGUGCGACAGUUUCGGCGGGAGCGGGGGCUGAACGAGCGACCCCCCGGCGGGGAGGGUGCCGUGUGGCCGCCCGUCGACGACCCCAUGGAGGAGCUCACCGAGCUGGUGUGGCCAUCGUCGGAGCUACCGGCGCUGGAGGUCAACAUGUCGGUGGACGAGGCGGCCUGCCUGCUCUCGUUCCACGGCCGGCCGCUCUCCGAGCUCCAGCUCCGGAGGGGGCUCACGAUCGGGGUCGAGACGUUCCGGCAGGGGCUGGGCCGUCGCGCGAUGGAGUGCCGCGGCCUGCUUCGCGGGCUUCUCCUGUGGGACAGGACCGGCUCGGCGUCCGGAGAGCUCGCGUGCAUCAUCAGCGGCCUCGAUGGGCCACACCCCUCGGCCCUCAAGCCUGCUACGGCUGCUGCCGCCGCCGCUACCGCGCCGCCGCCGGCCUCUGCUCCGGUGGAGAGUUCUGCUGCUGAUGCCGGGUUUCUGGAGGGGGGCGAAACGGCGGCGUUUUUGCUGCCGAGGGAGUCGGCGGAGGCGGGGAACCGGGGGGUGGAACUGCAGUGGCUGUUCGCUGGAAGGAUUAGCGAAGCCGAGGUGCGAGCAGAGCGCGAGGCGAGGGGGCUCUCUUCCGCCGGCCCCGGUGUGGAAGACGUCGCCCCAAGGGAAGGGACACCCGGACGGGAGCCCCGCCCCCCGAUCCUCAGGGCCAGAUUCUCCGCCGCGCGGGUGGUGUACCUGCAGAGGUUCACAAUGGAGCAGGCAAGGGAGGAGGACGACGGGGGGUCGGUCUGCCGCAGACCCGAGGACUCUCUGUGCGGCAGCCCCGUUGCUGCACUAGCCCAGAAGGCUGGGCUCCGCUGGGUGCAGGGCUGCACCCCCAAGCUGCCGGAGCGCCGCAGGAUGGAGAAGGCCUGCGCUCGGAGGCCGAUCGUGAUGGAGUGGGUCUGCAAGGACAGCGAGUUUCACCUCCCUGAGUGCUCGGACUACCGUGAGGGAAGGACCGACGCACUAGUGUUUGAGAUCCCCCGGCUCUGCCUCUUCAGGCCACCCCUGCGCCGACGCCUACCACCCGCCGCCGGAAACCCCACCACCCCCUCCGAGGACACAAGAAGAAGAAAAAUAGAUGGCGCCAGUGGCGACUCGCCGUCCGUGGCGGCGGUACCGCCGGGCACCGCCGCUCAGGCCUCAGGGAAGCGGAGGGGUCGCGCCCUGGGAGUAGGCCUUGGGGAGGGCGGGAUGGGUGCCGACGACGACGGGGGGGACGGGGAAGGGUCGGAGUGGGAGGAGGGCGAGCCCACGGACUUCGUGUACACGGGGCUCUUCCCCGGAGAGGCCAAGGGCUGGGGAGGACGGCAGGGAGGGGAGGAGGAGCCCGUGUUGCUGUUCGAGGACGAGACCGUGGAAGAUGGACAGGCCCUUGAACGCCUGGUCGCCCGCGAAUCGGAGCUCAUGUCCCAGGAGGACCAAGAGAGCGCGGCGGAGCGUAAGACCAGGGCGGAGCUCGUCACCGCGGAGGCGUCCUUGAGCGUAGCCGAGAAGCAUCAGCAGCAGCUGGAGGCAACCGCCGACGGGGGGACGGGGGACGGGGGUCGCGUGUCCGCGGUGAUGGACGUGGUCAACCAGGUGAACCGAGUGGGGGACCUGAAGCUCUCUCUUGACGAGAGGGUGGAGACGCUGAAGCGGGUGAGGUCGCGCCUUGAGUCGGUCCGGCGGGAGGCCAACGCGGAGAGGACGGUGCAGUCGGAGAAGGCCCGCUUCGAGGCACACCGACCCAGCAGGGUUCCGCCCGCGCCUUCGCGCUUCGACAUGGUGGCCAGCGGCGUCACGAUUCGCUCUUACCGCUCGGCGAGCCUCGUCGCGGAGAACCUCUCCCUGCGGGCGUGGAUGGUGGUGGCAACGCCCCUGCGCCCCUGGUGCGGCGGGGGCGACGCGAAAGAGUCCGGGAUGUUUCCGGGAGUGUGGGACUCGCUCGGUUUCCUACCCAACAGGGACCCCAUGUUCGCCAAGGAAGCUCUGGACCUUACCGUCCUCAUCGACGAGCUCGACGCCAGCCUGACGCGGUCCCAGUACUCCACCAUCAUGAGCAUCGUCAUGGACAACUUCCCGGAGCCUUGGUCCAUCUGCCCCCCCGUCAUCGAGUGGCCGAAGCGGGACCCGGAGGUGUCGCAAGGGGUGUGCCGGGACCCUCUUGAGGGGCGGAGGACGGCUCAGUCCGUGCCAGUGUAUGCACGUCGGCUACGGCUGACGGUUUCCGAGGACGAGGAGGCGUAUUUCUUCGCGCCCAACGAGGAACCGCUGGACCGCAACAGGAGGGACUGGGUGUCGAAGAGGCGGGCCGAGGAAGCGGCCGCCAGGAGAAAGCUCUCGGCGGUGCCGACGGCGGCGAACGGCGACGGCGGAGAGCAAAACGCCUUCGAUGACGCUCUUCCCGGAGACUACUACGACGACGAGAAGGCGUCCUUCGAUCUGGGAGAUGAUGUCGUCGGGGACGAGGAGGCGGAGGUGGAAGACGACUCGUACGCGAGCGGGGCAAGCGGCAGUGGCGGCGGCGGCGGCGGCAUCGGUGGACUGGAGCAGGAGAUCCAGGCCUUGGCAGGAAACCUGGACGGCUUUUCGGACGCCAGCACCACGUCUGACACUGGCGACGGCGACGGCGACGACGACGACGACGACGACGACGACGACGACGACGACGACGACGACGCGGGUGGCGCCCGGCAACAGCGGCAAGAACAGAACGAGAGCGGAAGACGCACGGCCUCCUGGGGAGCGGGGUCUUGUGAGACCGCCGGAGGCGGCGGCGGCGGCGGCGGCGGCGCUAGCAGCGGCGGCAGCGAGUUCCUCGACCCUUCCCCCCCCCUCUUCGGCACCCCCGCCCUCGAGGAGGGGCUGCUCGACCCGCCCCUGCGGCCCCCUCCCCGCCAGAUCGCGGCGAUCGACUUGCGCGAGUUCUUCCUGGGCUUCGACAAGAAGUGGAUGGCCGGCGGGGUCGCCCUCGCCUGCGGCGCCGGGUCAAUCUCCAUCCGGGACCUCAGCGAGAGCGACGGCGGCGGAGUGGCGGCGGCGGCGGGCGAAGACUUGCCCGGGGAAGACAAAGACAAUAACGCCAAAGGCGACGGUGGCGGCGGAUUCUCGUGGCACCCCGGGUGGGGGUUCGGGUACAACGGCCCGGACCCCAGGGUCGGCUUCGAGCCGCACGUCUGGUACGACAUGCGCAUGGCGACGGACUACAAGCGGUGUUCGGUCUUCCUGUCCGACGUCCGGGUGGUCGCCCUCGCCAGGGGGCUGUCGGGCCUGAAGAGCUUCUUCUUGGAACCGGUCCAGGAGUUCCGCGAGCGAGACCGGAUGCUCCGGCCCCACAGAUACGUGGAGGUUCGGCCUAACAACACCGACGUGGAGGUGGUGCUGGUAAACGCGUACAUCUGCUUGCCGGAGUCGCAGUGGGACUGCUACGCCCAUGCCGGCGGCGGUGGAGGCAGAGGCGGAGGGGGCCCCGCCGUGGUGGCCCACGCGGACUUGACACUCACGCAGCAGUGGCGAGGCAUGCCGCAGACGGGACCGGGUUCUUCCCUCCUCUCGGCGACGGUACUCGCGACCUCCGUGUUCCUCGCCCCGCUUUCGGACCCCUCCCCGCCCCCGGCGGGCGAGGCCCUGUCCCUCGUCACCCCUCUGCUGGCCUCCCUACGCCUGGAAACCGUCACCGCUGCCCCGUCCUGGCGGAGGGCGGGGCCGGCGGAGCGCUGGGCCGGCAUGCAGGGCGGGGAGCGCACCAAGGCCGGGCGCAAGUUGGCGGCGGCGGCGGCGGCCGCCGCCACCGCGGCCGAAUCGGCGCCGAUUCCGCCGCGCGAGGCGGAGCCGGAGGCGCCGGACUCGUCCGAGAAGGCCGCCGUUGCAGCGGCGGACAUGCACGAGGCGGAGAGAGAGGAGCGCGCCGCGGCAGCCGAAGCAGCCACCAUAAGCCGCUCCGUCUCCGUCGCCAUCGCGGAAGUUACCGACUCGCGGCUGCGGAAGUGGAAGAAAACCGGCCGGGUGGAGUUGCACGGGGGGGGCGCGGCCGGGGGGGCAGCAGCGGGGGGCGAGGGGCGGGGGGGGGGUACAACCGUGGGAGGCGGCAUGGGUGGCAUCGAGGCGCGGAUGUCGCUUUCGGACGUGAAGCUGCUUUCCAGCAUGGCGAGGAGCAUGCACGGCGCGGUGCGGGUGACGAGGGCGGCCACGGCCAUCAAGGCCCUCCGACACUCCCACCGGCAGGAGAUGCUGGCCUUCGCGAGGGCGAGGAGGGACCGCAACCCGCUCACCGUCGAGGGGUACGCCUUCGCUAACCCGACGCAUGCCGUGACCGUCACGGGGCCCCACGCGGAACUCCCGGUCCAGGUGUCGAUGCUUCAGGCGGGCGCGGGCUUGCCCGACCUGCGGCUAGGCCUCGUCAGCAACGCUCUCGGAGUACCCCUGUUCCACCUGGACGUGCGGCAGCUGCAGGCGGCGCUUCGGCACGAGGCUGGCCGGUACCUCGACGCCACGGCCCUGUACCGCCGGGAGCCCGUCAUCGAAGAGGUUCCCCUUGCCGUCGCUGUCCACCGCGACGAUGGGGUGGGCGACGCAGCAGGGAAGGAGGGGGCGACGGGAGCAACAGCAGCGGAAGGUGGCGGCGACGGCGGUGCGGGCGGCGGCGGUUGGGGCCAGGUAGGGGAGAAGAAGCGGGGGGUGAUGGAGGCGCAGCUUUCCCUUCCCGAGGUGGUGGACGUGAACGUGACCCACGCCAUGGUCUCCGCGGUGAGGAGGAAGGCGCUGGCUCUGUCCAAGGCAUGGGUGUCCGCGGUCCUGUCACCCCAACCGCGACGCCUUCGUAUCGCUAGGAAAGCCGGGGGGCGCCGUCGGUACCUUUGGUGCUACCCGACCACCACCACCAGCACGAAGGUGUUGGCGGGGGAGGAGGAGGAGGUAGUGUUCUUUACGAACACGAACAGCACCCCAUGCUAG